AUGUCCGCACCCUCGAUUCAACCACUACACCAAGCUCAAAACCCAGGUUCCAGCCUGCACAGAUCUAUGUUUAAAAAACAGAACCCCAUGCCGAUUAAAAACAAAUUUGCAUCUCCAACAGAUGAUAUGCUGUCUCCCUGCUCUCAGAAACUCAACGAGCAUAAGUCGAAGUUGUUCACAUCCAAAGCGAACCCUACAAAAUUGAACUUUGCUACCAGGCAAAAGGGCGAAGAUUCUGAUGACGAGUAA